CAACUGCCAAUUACGGGCGGGAUACGUCACACGCCUACAGCAAUAUGGCUGCCACCAUAGAGUGUGGUACCGAUACAAAUACUUUAGUAAGCAACAUGUCCGUAAAAAAAGCUGUGGAGGCAACUUCCGCUCUCACACUUCGAAUUCUUGCCGAAUGCCCAGUGACAAAAGCAAGAGCUUGCGAUUUAAUACUCCCUCACAGCUCCGUUAGCACCCCGGUGUUCAUGCCCGUCGGCACCCAGGGGACUCUGAAGGGGAUCACAGUGGACCAGCUAGAAGGUCUUGGAUGUCACAUUUGUCUUGGAAACACAUACCACCUGGGCAUGAGACCGGGGCCUGAUUUAAUCGAAAAAGCCAAUGGAUUGCAUGGGUUCAUGAACUGGAAGAGAAAUCUAUUAACUGACAGUGGAGGGUUUCAAAUGGUGUCUCUCGUUGAGCUGUCAGAGGUGACUGAGGAAGGCGUCAAGUUUAGAUCCCCCUAUGAUGGCAAAGAGAUCCUUCUAAGCCCUGAGAAAUCCAUCAGCAUACAGAACAGUCUGGGGUCAGACAUCAUGAUGCAGCUGGAUGACGUGGUCAGCAGUACCGUGACAGGACCCCGGGUGGAGGAGGCCAUGCACAGAUCCAUUCGCUGGCUGGAUCGCUGCAUAUCGGCCAAUAAGAACCCGGACAAACAAAACCUCUUUGCCAUCAUCCAAGGAGGGUUAAAUGCAGACCUUCGCAAGGCCUGCUUAGAUGAAAUGACUCAACGCAAUGUUCCUGGUUUUGCCAUUGGAGGUCUGAGUGGAGGAGAGGAGAAGGAUGAUUUUUGGCGGAUGGUCACACUGAGCACUGACCACCUGCCACGUGAAAAGCCCCGUUACCUAAUGGGUGUAGGGUAUGCUGUGGAUUUGGUGGUGUGUGUCGCUCUAGGAUGUGAUAUGUUCGACUGUGUGUUCCCCACCCGCACUGCAAGGUUUGGCUCUGCCUUGGUGCCUUGGGGAUCUCUACAGGUAAAACAUAAGCAGUAUGCCAAAGACUUUCAGCCCAUAGACUCAGACUGUCAGUGUCCCACCUGCAAGAGACAUAGUCGGGCUUACCUACAUGCUCUGUUUAAGAGCGACACUGCGGCCAUGCAUCACAUCACCAUCCAUAACAUUUCCUACCAGCUCACCCUGAUGAACUCUGUGAGGCAGAGCAUUGUGGAAGGCCGCUUCCCUCAGUUUAUACAGACGUUCAUGAAGCGAAUGUUUCCUUCUCGGGACCAGUACCCCAGCUGGGCUGUGGAUGCCCUCGCCUCUGUCAACGUCACAUUGGAAUAACAACAAUUUUUCUUCAAAUGGACAUUUUGAAAUGAAAGGUUUUAUAUCUUUUAAAUGCCCUUUUUAAUAAAAGAUUGCUCUUUGUUUA